UUGUAACUUCUAUCAUCGGUGUUUGAUGGGGAAUCAGCUAUCUUUUAUUAUUUUUAGACAGCCUACAGCCCAGCGGAAGUUACGAUCGUGCCCCUCUGAUGGGACUAAACUCGGUUAAUGCGUCGCAGCCCUAUUCAAGUACCUUCCCUCUCUUUCUCUCUCUUCCACCGCUCAGGAGCCUCAAAAACUCUUCAUCUUUCUAAUUUCUGAUCGGAUUUCAACAAUUCUAGGGUUUUCGUCGGAAAAAUGUCGUCCAUUGAAGGAUCCGUUAACGAUUACGAGGUCGUUCAACGUGACGAGUCGAUGGGGCAAAGACGGUUCAUCUGUGGUUGGCAGUGCAGAGGAAGCUACUCUAACCCUUAUGGAAAUGCAAAAGCAGACAAUAAAAUGACGAGCCAGGAAAAGAAGAACGGCAUUGGCUCGUCGUACCAACGAACCCAAAAAAAACAGUAAGUGCUAUGUUAUCCGGUAUUUGGGAACUCAAUCUAAUUUUUCCUAAUUUCAGUUUAUCUUAAACAAUGCUAGGUUUUAUCACAUAUUGUUAGUUCUAGUCUGAGUCCACAUGAGUUCUAGUUUAACUCCAAUGUGAGUUCUAGUUUAACUCCAAUGUGAGUUCUAGUUUGAUUCCAAUGUUAGUUCUAGAUUGAGUCCAAUAUUAGUUCUAUAACAGUACGCGUUAGUUCUAUUAUAUUCCCGUUAGUGUUAGGUCUAAUAUGAGUUCAUAGGUCUUAUUGAACUUGCAAAUUCGAAAUCUUUUUGCAGGAAAAAAGUUACUCUUACAGGUGUGACCGUAUCACUAAGGUUAACCGUCAAUAUCGGGGCCUAUUGAGAAUUCAUGAAACGAAUUGUCCCGAAGAUUCGUCAGUGGCAUAGGGAUGCAUACGGUGGUUCUAUUGAGCACUAUAUUUUAUUUGGGGCUCCUGCGCCUGAUCGGCUCACACUUGAACUACUGCUGAGCUAUUUUGACAGAGAUAAUAACACAUUUUUAUACCUGAUUCAAAAAGUGGGUGUGUGAAAAAUAUUAAAUUUGAUUUGUAAUGGGUCCAUAACCUUAUUUAUUUCCCAAUUUAUGGUGAAGUCGUAAGUAUCAAUCGGGACUCAAGAAGCAGAAUAUGAGUGGAAUACUUCGCUAAUCUUUUUAUUUCUGAAGAGUGUAAGAAGUUAAAAAAAGCAGAAACCACCCAACGUAAACACCUCGAAGGGCAACUGAAAAGGCUAGUGGAAUCUAUAGAAACGUAGGAUAUUCAGGAUUUUGUUCUGUUACAAAUCUUGUACCACUGCUCUAUGAUAUGGAGCCCCAGAGCCGGGGAAGGUAUCCCUAGACCCUUACUCAAGUACUUGGACAACAUUGAGAUGGUUAAUUCUAUUGUAUGUGUCCGGUUCUUUUAUGAUGAAAUUAUCAGGGGCAUUGGAGUUGCUUUGGGAGGAAAGGAGAAGCGAGGGGUCAUAUAUGUCCCAGGAUGCAUGACACUAUUGUGUAUAAGUUUCAUAUUUUACUUGGUUCAUUCUAGUUCUAAUUUGUGUCGUGUGAGUUCUAAUUAUGACAUGUUAGCUCUAAUCUACACCAUGUUAGUUCUAUUGCAGAUUUUGUUAGUUCUAAUUUGUGUCGUGUGAGUUCUAAUUUAUGCCUUGUUAGUUUUAAGAUAUACCAUGUUAGUUCUAGUUGCACCCAUGUUAGUCCUAACAUAGGUCAUGUUAGUUCAACCUGGGCUCAUGAUGGUUCUAACAUAAUUUAUGUUUGUUCUAAUUAAUGCCUUAGUCCUAGUUUAUAUCAUGUUAGUUCUAGUUGCACCCAUAGUUUACUCUCUUUGCUGUAGUCUACUAUUAUUCUAAAUAGUUUACUCUUUUUGGUACUACGAGAUGACCGGCAUAAAGAAAUAUGCCCUCGUAGACUGCUCCAGAUCUCCAAUGACAAAUUAGGCACCAGAGGAAGCGAAAGUCCCAUCUAUGUGGGUGGAGACAAUUACGACAAAUGCUAAGUCAACGUCAAUAACUUUUGUCCAUAGCCCUAUUGUGGAGGUCCCUUCUCCAGGUCAUGUUCAUGCACUUCCCGCUGUACAAAGGGGUGAAGUUGUGUAUCAUAAGCGUCAGGCAAAGAGGAAGGCUAUCCAAGAGGAAUCUACUAAAAACUUCUCAAUAGGCUACAUCAUGACAAAGCAUAUUGACGUUGCUUUCGACGAUGAAGAGGAGAGUAAUGUUCUUCCCAUUGAGCAGCAACUUACAUUUUGGAGAAAUUCUGCUAAAUUUCUCAAACGACUAUUAGUUGCUACAAAGCAGCACAAGAGUACAUAUUAUAAAGAAUUCAUGAUGGAGAUAAACAUGCUAAACAGGAUAAUUGAAAAUUUUGGAAGUCAUGAUGAGGUUAUAGACCCGGUGGUGCUGAAGGCGAAUAUCAAACAGAAAAUUACAAAUGAAACGAGGAAGAAGCGACGGGUAGUUCAAGAGGAACAGAAGUCCGAAACAAGCAGUGUAUAUAAGGAAGAUCCCACCAUGCAAGAACAUGUACAUAAGAUUGUUGAAGAGGAUGUGAAGCAUCCUGUUGACGACAAUGUUAUAGAAAAGGAGCAUGUUAUUUCAGAAGGGAAGAAUGUAGAUAGUAAGGUUGACCUAAAUGUAGAUAGUAAUGUUGAGGAUAGGAUAGAUCUCAAGGUUGAACAUGUAGAUAAGGAAGUGAAGCAUAUUGAACAUGAAAAUUUUAUUGUAGAUAACAAAGGUUUUGAUGAGGAUCCUGCUGAUGGUGUAGAUAAGGAGGAGGAUAUCGUAGAUAAGGAGGAGGAGAAUCCAGAUAAGUUGGAGGAGCAUGUUGAUAGAGAAGGGGAGAAUGUAGAUAGUAUGGUUGACACGUCCCUAUUUAUGUUUCUUCCUUUGGUCUCAAAAGCUAAAGUUGUUGUUGUCUAUACGUAGCUAACUGCUGCUCAGACGCGUUUUGUGCCUUUCUCUGUGGAGCGCUCUUUGUACUAUGUCCGUCUCUCUCUUAGGCUCCCUCUCUCUCUCUCUCUCUCCCUCUCUCAGACUCGUAGGUCUGUCUGUAGCUAGCUGCACUUUUCUGUCCCUGUCCCUCUUUUCUACCUCCGUGUUUUCUCUCCUUUGCCACACACACUCCCCACUCUCUCUCAGGGCCCCUCUCUAUUUGUAGUGUCGCGCUCUCCCCCCUCUCUCACUCUCACACACACGUCUUCUCGCCGUUGUCCCCCUCUCUCAGGGCCCCUCUCUAUUUGUAGUGCCGCGCUCUAUCUCUCACGUCGCCGCACGUCUUCUCUCUUCUCGUCAUGCGCCGCUUUUUGGUAGAAGAGAAAGUAAUGACUGAGGUAUAUUUAGUACCUAGAUUAUUGUUCAGUAUUUUUAAUUUUUUGAACUUGUGAAUAGAUCAAAUACAGUAAGAGGCGUAGCAGUGGAUAUUGUAAAUUUCUCUGAUUGGGAGCUGGUGUUCAUCUCAAAUUAGUGGGGUUGUAAGAUUUGUAUCAGAGAGAGAUAUUGAAAAAAUAAGGUUUAUUCAAGCUUGUAAACUAUCAUUUUACACCCUAAUAAAAAAGUAAGAUUUAUUCUAGUAAAACUGGACAAGGUUGUUCGUCUCUAAGGGGCUGUUUGGUUGGUUUCCCUAAAUAUAGGAAAUAUAUUUCCAAGCCUAAACAUUGAUUUCUCUAUGUUUUUAUAGGUUUCUUAAAGUUUGUUUGGUUCAACACAAAAUAGGCUUGGAAAUAUAUUUCCACACACAUCUAUUGUUUGUUUCACAUCUUAAAAAAAGGAAACUAAGAAUAGGAAAUGUCACUUCUUAUUUUCUCUAGUUUGGUUGGAAGAAGUGCACAAUGAGAGAAACAAGCUGUGAUCACCAUGGUGAGGUUACCACCAAAAAAAAACAUGCACAUAAUAAAAGUUCAUAUUCAUUUCAAUAAUCAAAUUCUAACACCACUUUAGAGCUGCUUCAAAAAAAUUUGCAAUCACACUUAACAAAUAGUCAAAGGAAAUUCACACAUCCGUGAGAAAGUAAAAUUGCUCAAUUCUAAUACAUCUAAAAGCAAUAAUUUUCACAUGAAUUGCAUAAUAAUUAAAAUUUAGCAAACAAAAUAAUGCAUGAUCAAGUCAAAUUCUAAUAAUUCCUCUGUUAACAAUAAUAUCACACCAUGCACAAUUAUCCAUCCAGUAGAUGAAUAAUAACUAAAAUCACACAAUCAUUAAAAAACAAUAUCUUUAAACCCCUUUGUACACCCAAUAACCCAAAAAAACUCAAAAAAAAAAAAUCCCAAUUUUUUUUAACCAACUCGGGUUUGGAAUCAAGAAGAAGUUUUUCAUUGCAAACAACUAUUGUGGUUAUUAAAAAGAAGUGGCCUUUGCAUGUGAAUGUGAAAACUUACUAUUAAAAAAAUUAGGAAAGAAAAAGGAAAAACAGGAA